AUGCAACAAUUUAUUAAAGAAAUUUUUCAAGCACUUGGAUGUUUUGAUUUUGCAGCAGCAAAUAAAUUUUUAAAUAGAAGUCCAAAAUCAAACUUUAAUGUAGUUCCUAUAUUUACAAUCCUUAUAAAGUGCGAACAGUCUUAUACUUCGUUAGAGUAUUUAAAGACCAAGCUCUUUAGAAAAGAAGACUAUUUAAAUACAUUAUACACAGAAGCUAUAAAUUUAGUAAAAAAUCUAAGUAAGUUACCACCUCCCACAAGUGUUAAUAAUGGAGAUCAGUUAGAUGUAGAAUUACUUGUUGAUCUUUGCAAUACUUUACAGGACUUUAUACAAACCCGACAAUCCCAAAUUAAAAUAUCCAUUAUAACACAUUUCUCGAAUAUCAAUGCCGAGGAAAUUGUUAGAGAAAUUGAACGUGUUAGAAACAAAACUGAAGAACAUAGAUUAAGUGAAAAAUUAGGACCAUUAGGUGUAGGAGUAGAAAAUGAAUUGACGAUUUUGAAAUAUCUUUUUGUGGCACGUAAGGCGAUAGUGACAUUUAAUUUUAAAAAUUCAACGGUUUUUCUUUACACAGCAAGAUCAAAACUUUCUUCUUGGAAAGAGGUCUGUUCACAACAAGUAUACCCUGAGAAAUCAAGCAAUCGAAAUGAAGAAUCUACGAGCGCAUUCUCUGCUUUUCAAAGUUUUUUUUCUUCGAAUUCUGAUAAACAGUUAAAAAAUGUUAAACGUGGCAAUAUUUCACCAAACAAUAUGCAAUGGCUUGGAAAGUUUUUAUCUAAUCUUACAGCAAGGAUGACAUUGUAUUUUAUGAAUGUACUUUUAGAAAAAGAGACAGUUUUAGGAGGAGAUCUCAAAUCAUUAUGGAAAAAAAUUGAAGUGGAUCAUCAUGAUGCCAUACGAAAUUUUCGGAGAAAGUUCGGAACUUCAUCUAGCAUUGCGUUGAUUUAUGAAGUGAGCAAUGACGUACCAUUUUAUCCACUAGGAUAUGUUUGCGAUGGGGUACAAUAUGAAAAACCAACAGGGUUAAAGUCAUUUCCAUGUAUUUAUUGUUAUCCAAAGGAUCAACCGCCGGAGAAUCACAUGCCUAACAUUAUAUCAAUAAUGCAAGAUAAGGAUCCGAAGAAAAUCACACCAUUCGUUCGAACUGCGCCAAUUCACUUUUUCGAUAAAAAAGUAGGCAGCGCUUAUUACUUUGUUCGUAUUGACGAUUUUGUUAGUUUAGUUGUUAUAUUUUCGGAGAAACAUUCUGUUGCUGAUAGCAGCACGUCGGAAGCUAUUAUGACAUUAGCUAACAGUUUGAGUGGCGUUGAUAUUUUAACUAGUUUACGAGAUUGA